AACAGUAACGAUAGUCUCAUUCGGGUAGAGCUUCGGGCGCUUGGCCAUCUGUCUAUUCUCUGAAUACAGCUGACAACAAAGGAGGGCAAUUCUUCAUUACGGGACCAUACAGCCACUGGACACUCACACACUCACACACAUUGUUGGAGAAACAGGGCAAACAAGAGGGGAAAAGCAACUGACUGACACCAACCUACUGCCUCAACCUCAAUCAUACCAGCAGUUCUGCAAGAAUAAAAUGGCGACAAAGAGAGAGGUCUGCUUAAUUCAUAUCUCUUAGCCUGUCUGUCUGAAACUGUGAAGUGUCCAGAUCAUCAAGAAGUAUGAAUACAAAUGAGAAAGAGGUUGCUUUGUGGUCUGAGGGAGGGCUAAAUGUCACCCUCACCAUUCGCCUAUUAAUGCAUGGAAAGGAAGUGGGAAGUAUCAUUGGCAAGAAAGGGGAAACUGUCAAAAAAAUGAGAGAAGAGAGUGGAGCACGUAUUAAUAUAUCGGAUGGCUCCAGCACAGAAAGGAUCGUCACCAUUACUGGUGCAUCUGAAGUCAUUUUCAAAGCAUUUGCCAUGAUUGCAGAGAGGUUUGAGGAGGAUAUACUGGCCUGCAUGGUGAACAGCACAGUGUCGAGCAGGCCUCCUGUCACGCUGCGCCUUGUUUUCCCUGCUAGUCAGUGUGGCUCGCUUAUCGGCAAAGGAGGCUCCAAAAUCAAAGAGAUCAGAGAGACCACAGGUGCACAGGUGCAGGUCGCUGGGGACUUACUACCAGAGUCUACUGAGAGAGCAGUGACCAUCUCUGGCACGCCAAAUGCCAUCACGCAGUGUGUGAGACACAUCUGCUCCAUUAUGCUGGAGUCACCGCCUAAAGGAGCAACGAUUCCUUAUAGGCCCAAGCCAUCCUCUGGUGGCAAUCCCACAGUUUUAUCCCAUCCACAUACAGCUCCUACUUUUGCUGUUCCAGCACAGUACACCAUUCCACACCAAGACUUUACCAAGCUUCACCAGUUGGCUAUGCAGCAUAUUCCCUUUACCUCCCUUGGGCAGAGCAACCCCUUCCCUGGUCUGGAUAUGUCCAUUUCACCAAGUUCUUAUGAGCUGAGCAUACCUAAUGAGCUCAUAGGCUGCAUUAUUGGCAGACAAGGCACUAAGAUCAAUGAAAUUCGCCAGAUGUCUGGAGCCCAAAUCAAGAUAGCCAGUGCCACAGAUGGUUCAGCAGUACGUCAUGUCACUAUCACUGGCUCCCCAGCCAGCAUCUGCCUGGCCCAAUACCUCAUCAGUGCCAGUUUAGAGAUGGCUAAACUCAGCAUCCAGGCUGCCUCCUCUUCCUCCAGCACUACCGUUGACCUCGGCCUGAGUUUCUCCCAGUCUGCCUCUCCUGUCUCUGCCUCUGCAGCCAUGCUGGCUGCUCCCUCAGCCAUAAAUGUCCACUCACCCACAGCCAUGCAAUCCAUCCCUACUACACACUAUGCUCUUCCAGUCUCCAGCCUGCUUGGCAUGAAAACUGUGCCUCUGCUGGCCGUACACACUGCUGCCGCAUCGGCUCUCGCUCCGUACACCACAAAAAUCCCUGGCUCAGCCACCAUCAAAAAAUCUGAUCAUCAGAGAUUCACCCCCUACUGACCAGUACUGACAAUCUUACAUUUAAAUUCUGUUUUCUGGUUUUGGGCAUCUUUGACAACCUUGAAAAUUAUAUCAUCUUUCGUAUAUUUCUGAACAAUAUUAUGCAAAUGAACAGAAAACAAAUGAAAUGCAUCCUACAUCAUACUGCAUUUCUUUUGGCAUUUCAUUUAUGUUUUAGAUAGUGAUAUCAAGCCAUAAACCUAUUUCUGACACUCCAUUCCCCCCGUUUUUAUAACCAUAACUAAUGUAAUUAUAGUUACAGAAUGUGGAUCUUGCUCAAACAAUGUUUUGAGUACAAAUACUUUGGAUUUACUUAAUCUAAAAUAGUCACAUGGAAUUUCUUUUAUGGAAUAUAUUUAAUUGCGAUAAUAUGUAGAAAUGUUAUAGAAAGAUUUAUUUGAAUUAUUUGAGGUCAGAUAUACAAAUAUUAGUCUUGUCUGUAGUAGGCAAGGAAAUGAGCUGUGUGUCUACAAAUGGCACUAUACAAUGUUUAUUUGUAAUUGUAUUGUUUUAUUUGUAGUUUUAAUGCUGUUUCUUUUGCUUACAUUUAACAGUAACUAUGUACAAGUCAAAUUUUUCACAAAGACUGCAUUAGAGAGGGUGGUGGGACUCAGCACAGAAAAUGGGUUAUAUUUGAGUUAUAAAUAUUAUCAACUAUUAAUACUUGUAGUCCUUUGUCCCUGAUGGUGUGCUCCUUUUCCCCCAUGUCUCUGCAGUAGUAGCUGGCUUGGGGUCUCUAAGUAAUGCUAACAUGCAGCCUCUGACAUUCCUUUUGGACUGCUUCAUGUCAUUUAGUAUUUCAAAAGGAAAAAUGUUAACUUUACUAAAUAUUACUGGAAAAAUCUAAGCUAUGACCAGUCUAUUUAUUGUUUUAAGUAUAUUUAUAUUCACUGUUUAAUGAUUAUAUGUGGUAUGCUCCUAUUGAAACCUGGUAGAAAUGUCUAUCUGUAAAAAUGUCUGUGACUAAAUUUAUAGAUAAAAAUCUUUGGCUGUCAAAAUAGUGUCCAUUUGAAUAAUGACAAGACAGUUAUUUUAUAAAGUCAUUAUAAAGUCAUUAUAUUUGGUCAUCCAGACUCCACAAGAACUGUCGAUGACAAAUUGGGGCCCUGGUCAAGUAAUAUACAAAACUAUGCAAAAAAUAUUGAUUAUUUUCAAUGUUGAAAUGAAAUUCAGCAAGCAGGGAAACUCAGUUGUAAGAGGAAGCUUUUUUUCAAUUAGGACCUAUUGCCAAAUUAAAAUGUAUCUUACUAUUUAAUGAUCUUUAGACUGUCAAGAUUUCAUUUCUUCUGGAAAUGGUUAUUGCAAUUCCUGUCCAGUGUUCACCUAGUCCAAACUGCUCAGCUCCUGACUGGCAUAAAAAUUGAGAGUUCAUCUUUCUUGUCUUUGUUUCUCUUUUUUUUUGGCUGCCAGUAUAAUCUACAGAACAGAAUUCAAGGGUUUUUAUUUGUUUUUGUUUUAUUUCUGCAUGGCUUGGCAAGGAAGUGAAACACAGCUCAACUGAGUUAAGGUGUGGUGACUUGGUCAAUCUAAAACCUUCUACUUUUCCCAUAAUAAAGUCCUUGUUGUAUUAGCAGUUCGAUUGGAGUCGUUGUCUUUUGGCUGCAUGAAGUUCCUUCCAUUUAGAUUGGAUGCAUUACUCUGCAAAUUGGCUGACUGUAGUCUUCUGAUAUCAUUUUGCUGCUACCAUCAUGAGUUAUGCUAUCAUAGAGAUUCAUUAGCCUGUUCCAGAAACAGCCAUGCAAGCCUGAGCCAUAACAGUACCACCAGUGCUUGACUAAUGAGUUUGUAUAUUUUGGAUCCUGAGCAGAUCCUUUCUUUCUCCAAAAUUUGGCAUUUCCACUACUUAGAGGUUAAGCUUGGUCUCAGAAUCUGUGUGGCUAUUUUGUGUAGUUCAUUGUGAAUUCCAAUUUGAACCUUCUAAUAUUUUACUGCUAAUGACUGGUUUGCAUAUUGUGGUAUGGUAUCUAUAUUUCUGCUUUCAAAUACUUAUUAAAACAUUGGGUUGUGAUGUUGCUGAUGGCUGUUGGAUACGACACAGCUCUUACAGCUCUCACAAUGUUUCUGUCAUCUGUUUUUGUUUUUGUUUUUUUCUUGGCUAACCCAUUCAGAAUUUAAUUGUUAGUACACCAGUGGUUUCUUUCAUUUUCAUGACAUUCCAAAAUGUUGUAUUGCAAAGCCCAAUGCUUGUGCAAUGGCUUUGAUUGAUUUCCUCCCCUUUUUUCACCAUUUUCCCAUGCAUAUAAAGGAAUUUUCUAUCUCUUAUAAUAUCUGUAGUUUUUAUCUUUUCAUAUUCUUAUUUCUCCUUUGAUUUGCUGCUUUAAUUUUAUUCUUUUUAUUUAUUCAUGUUAAAUAUUUUUUCUUAUUUUAUUUGUCUUUUAUUUCAUUGUUAGAUUUAGCCGAAACUUUGGCCGAAACCCAUUGUUAUUUUUAAAUGUAUUAUAUAAAUAAAGACGACUUUUCAAAUGUAA